AUGGUGGUUUCUUCUUUCUCUAUAGUUUCUGUUGUACUAAUGCCUUUCCUAGUUCUGAUGAGUGCUAUUCCCUCCUAUGCCUUUACUAUAAACAAGGAUAUUUGCUCCAACACCAAGGUCUUGAGUCGCUCAUUUUGCUCGCAAUUUCUUGGUUCUAAUCCGGUUGUGAUCAAGUCCCUCCUUCAUAGCCUUGCCGAGGCCACUAUAUAUGUUGCAUCUUCGAACGCUACGAGUACCAGCCAGCAGAUAACCAAGUGGCAGAACCAAACAAACGAUCCUCAACUGAAGAAUGCAAUGAAUCAGUGUCUGACUCCGUACAAUGAGGCCAUUGCUGAUCUGAAGCAAGCCAAAGAGAAGCUCAGGUCUGGUGACUAUGUUGCACUAGAACGUGCAGCAGUUGAUGCUGCUAUAAAGUUUCAUGCAUGCGAUGAGAAAUUUGAAGACACGCCACCGGAUACAUCGCCAUUGGGAAGUACUAGUAGUGAAUUGACUGCUAUCUCUAGCAUCCUUAUAGCUGUUUUUGAAAUUCUGGCAAAAUCAUAUAAAUGA